AUGAAGAGAUUGUAUCAAAGCUGGCCCGCGCGAAAUCGAUUCCAAUGCGGCGGUCGUCUCAUAGCCGGACCCGAUCGGCUCUACUUCUACCUCGCCCUUUCCUUCAUCGUCGUGCCGUUCAUCAUCGCUUGCGGCUUCAUAUGGCCCUAUUUAUUCGUCCGAUUGGGGUGGUACGUCGUGAUCGCGCCGUUGGUGGGCUACAUCUUGCUGGGCCUCGCCUCCAUCGUCUUCAUGCUCCUCACACGCUACCGCGACCCCGGCAUAAUCCCUCGCGGCCUCGAAUUCUCACACAACCCAGACAAUCCCUGGGACUACGAACGCAAGAAGCCACCAGAGACCAUCAAGAUCAAUGUGCACGGCGAAAACCUACGCAUCAAGUACUGCGACACGUGCCACAUUUACCGACCACCGCGAGCCAUUCACUGCUCCGUGUGCAACAACUGCGUCGAACGCUUCGACCACCACUAUAUCCUUCUCCACCCCCCCUUCGCGUCCUCUUCUCUUCUCUCUUCUUCUCUUCUCUUCGCGUUAUAUGUCCUCACGCGUGGUCUGUUGAUUCCUUAA